AUGAUGCGUCGACGUACUUUUUUAAAAUAUUUAGUUUUAAUUCCAACUUUAUGGAUUGUUGCAAUACUUACAUUUUCAUUUCGUACUGAUUCUUCAUCAAUAUCUCGUACAAAUAAUGAUGUUCCAAUAAAUGUUAUCAAUAAAAUUGUAUCAAUACCAUCAUUAGUUGAUCGUAUUAGAAAUAUUUUACCAUUUAAACAACAACAAAACGAUCAUGAUCAUCCACCAGAAGAACGUAUUAAAGCUCGUGAACAAGAAAGAGAAAUGAAUGCUAAAGUACAAGUUCUUGCACCAGAAAGAAAUAAUCAUCAUGAUCGAAAUAUGAGUGGUCCUGGUGAAAUGGGUAAUCCUGUACGAAUAAAAAAAGAGAAAUUAACAGAAGAAGAAAGAAAAAAAUUUGAUGCAGGAUGGAGAAAUAAUGCAUUUAAUGCAUAUGCUAGUGAUAUGAUAUCAUUAAGAAGAACUUUAGCUGAUGUUCGUGAUCCUGAAUGCAAAAAAGUUGAAUAUCUUCCAAAUUUACCAGUAACAUCAGUUAUUAUUAUAUUUCAUAAUGAAGCACGAUCAGCAUUAUUACGUACUGUUUGGUCUGUUCUUGAUCGUUCACCAGCACAUUUAUUAAAAGAAGUAAUACUUGUUGAUGAUUUUUCUGAUAAAGAACAUUUACAAAAAAUGCUUGAAGAUGAUAUUAAACCAAUGGAAAAAGUUCGAUUACUUCGUACGAGUAGACGUGAAGGUCUUAUACGAGCACGUUUAAUGGGUGCUAAAGAUGCCAAAGGAAAAGUUUUAAUCUUUUUGGAUUCACAUUGUGAAUGUGCUGAAGGAUGGCUUGAACCAUUAUUAGAUCCUAUUGCACGAAAUCCUAAAGCAUCUGUUGUACCAUUAAUUGAAAUUAUUGAUGAUGGAACAUUUGAAUUUAAAGUUACAGCAAUUGAAAGUAUUCAAGUAGGUGGAUUUGAUUGGAAUCUUAUAUUCAAUUGGCAUAUGACACCAGCAAAUGAAAUGAAACGACGAAAAAAUAGAACUGAUCCAAUUAGAAGUCCAACAAUGGCUGGUGGGUUAUUUGCUAUAGAUCGAGAUUGGUUCGAAGAACUAGGAAUGUAUGAUCCAGGCAUGGAUAUUUGGGGUGGUGAAAAUCUUGAACUUUCUUUUAAGCUUUGGCAAUGUGGUGGUGAACUUUUAUGUGCUCCAUGUUCACAUGUUGGUCAUGUCUUUCGAAAACGUUCACCAUAUAGUUGGCCUAAAGAUGUUAAUGUUGUUAGAAAAAAUACUGUUCGUCUUGCUGAAGUAUGGCUUGAUGAGUAUAAACAUUAUUACUAUGAACGAAUAAAUUAUAAGCUUGUAAGAAUAAUUUAUAAAAAAUAUAUAUUUGAAUUGAUUAUUGUUGUUGUUUUAUUUGUUAAGGGUGAUUAUGGUAAUGUAUCUGAACGAUUAAAAAUUCGUGAACGUCUUCAAUGUAAACCAUUCAAAUGGUAUCUUGAUAAUAUUUAUCCUGAACAGUUUGUUCCUGGAGAAAGUUUAUAUUUUGGCGAGAUUCGAAGUCGGGGUAAAAUAGAUGUAUGUAUUGAUUCACAAGAAGUUGAAGAUCAUGAUAGACCAAUUAUUGGUUUUCCAUGUCAUGGACAAGGUGGCAAUCAAUAUUUUCUUUACUCAAAAAAUUAUGAAAUACGACGAGAAGAAAAAUGUGUAGAUUAUCCUGAAGGACACUUAAAUGAACCCGAGAGAAUUCUUUCUAUGACAUGUCAUUCAAUGAAAGGAAAUCAAAUGUGGUUUUAUGAAAAUGAUAUGAUACGACAUGCAUCAGGUUAUUGUAUUGAAUUAUCAGAAACAAAUUAUAAAGAUAUUUGGAUGACUACCUGUGAUCCAUCGAAUCCCUUUCAAAAAUGGUCUUGGAAAAAACGUCUAGACAAAUCGACAAAUGCUCAUUAA